GUGUGAAUGAGUGACGUGGUGCCUCUCACAGCUCUCAGUGAAGUCCAGCUCCGCUUCCUUUGCCACGAUGACAUAGAGAAUGUCAAGCAGCUCUGUGCUGAUUGGUUCCCAAUCGAGUACCCAGACUCAUGGUAUCAAGACAUCACCUCCAACAAGAAGUUCUUCUCACUCGCUGCCACCUUCAGAGGGGGUAUCGUAGGAAUGAUUGUGGCCGAAAUCAAAGGCCGGACCAAAGUACACAAAGAGGAUGGAGACAUCCUGGCCUCCAGCUUCCCUGUGGACACACAGGUAGCCUACAUCCUUAGCCUGGGAGUGGUCAAAGAGUUCAGGAAACAUGGAAUAGGCUCCCUACUGCUGGACAGUCUGAAGGAGCACAUCUCGACGACCGCCCAGGACCACUGUAAGGCCAUCUACCUGCACGUCCUCACCACCAACAACACUGCCAUCCACUUCUAUGAGAACAGGGACUUCAGGCAGCACCACUACCUGCCCUACUACUACUCCAUAAGAGGGGUCCUCAAAGAUGGGUUCACAUAUGUUCUCUACAUCAAUGGAGCAUAUCGGCUCGACCCUGGCCAGCUUGAGACCCUGCUCCAUCCCCCAGAGGCUGUACCGCCAGGCCCAGUCCUUGCUGCGCUCCUUCCUCCCGUGGUCCAACAUCGCCUCCAAGACGGGCAUACAGUACAGCAGAACCAUGUGACGCAGCAU